AUGACCUCAGCACAGCGCCUCAUUAGCUAUACAAACCUCCCCCCUGAGCCUUCCUACGACAUUGACCGGCACCCCCCGGAUCGCUGGCCGCUAUCAGGCAUCGUGGAGUUCCGUAAUGUUUCGCUGAGGUAUUACGAAGGAGGGCCUCAAGUGUUGAAGGAAGUCAACUUCCGCAUUGGUUGCCAUGAGAAAGUCGGGAUAGCAGGGCGGACGGGCGCGGGAAAGACUUCAAUUGUCUCGUGUCUACUGCGCAUGCCCGAGGCUACCGGCGAUAUCAUGAUUGACGGGGUGAAUAUCCAUCACGUGACCCUACAGGAGACGAGGCAGGCGAUCUCGGUUAUACAGCAAAACCCGGUCCUGUUUUGUCGAUCGAUACGCGAGAAUCUUGAUCCAUUUGGAAUGUUUUCGGACGCGGAGAUCUGGAACGCGCUGCACAACUCACAACUAGGAACUUUCGUAGGAAAUCUUAACGGAAAGCUGGAUUUUCAGGUCAAAGAAGGCGGGGCAAAUUUUAGCGCUGGCGAGAUGCAGUUGUUCUGUAUGGCGAGAGCAUUGCUGCACAAGAAUAAGAUCAUCGUCAUGGAUGAGGCUACCGCGAAUGUCGACCAAAACACGGAUCGCUUGAUACAGACGACGAUUCGGGAGAAAUUCCAAGACUGCACAGUGCUGAUCAUAGCGCAUAGACUGAGCACCAUUCUCGACUGUGAUCGCAUCAUGGUGGUUGAUGAUGGCCGGGUGGUGGAGUUUGACACUCCACAAAACCUGACCAAAAAAGGCGACGGAUGGCUGUCACAGCUAUUACAGCACAGCUAG